GGGCCCGCGCUCGGAGCCCCGCAGCCCCGGAGCCGUGAGGCCCUCCUUGGGCGAUGUUAAUGAGGUGCCCCUCGGAGAGCGGGGCCCAGGCCCAGGGGGAGGCGGAGGGAGAGCCCCCCAGGGACCCGCUGGCGCUGGGUCACCCCAGGAUCGGCAGGGCCCGGACCGAGGAGAGCGCCUGGGGGAACCAGAGCCUGGCCCAGAUCCCAUUCCGGGUGAUGACAGCCCAUACCAAUCAAGCCAGCUGCUGCAAAUUCUGUUUCAGUGACAGCAGGUUUCUGACGUGUGCUUUUGAUGGAUGUGUCAUUCUGUGGGAUCUAUUAAGUGGAACUACUGUCUCUGAAUUUCGGCUUCAAUCCACUCCGCUCACUGAGUGUUGCAUCAGUUACAACAACCAAAGAAUUUUUACCACCUCAUGGGACAAAUCAUUGAAAGCAUGGGACGUCGAAACUGGAAAAGUUUUGUGGUCUGUGGUUCACACGCGACCAUUGACCUGCUGCGAUGUGUCUCUCGAUGGGAAGUACAUUGUGACUGGGAGUGAUAUUGACAAUGCUGUUUAUGUCAGAGCCACUGAAACUGGGGAGAGCAUCGCAAACCUGCAAGAACAGCACCGCAGCACUGUGACAAGCUGCUGUUUCCAUCCAGAUGGACAGAGAUUGGCAUCGACAUCCUGUGACGGGACAGCCCGAAUCUGGGACAUGUCAGUGAAGAGAACAACCAUGACGUUGAGGAAGCACAGGAACGUGGUGUCAGAUUGCUGCUUCAGCCAGACUGGUAACGUACUGUGCACAGCCUCCUGGGACAGGUCGCUGCUGGUGUGGGACAUCACUGUGGGCGAUUUCCGAUCCCGGGGCCCACAGAGUCUCAGUGAUGGUCACCAGGGUUGCAUCAGUUCCUGUAUGAUCUCCAACGAUGCAACGCUGAUUGUAGCUGGCUCUUACGACCAAACCAUAUCGAUAUGGGACACAGCCGGACUGUACAGGAAACUGGUUUUAAAGGAUCACCAGGACUGGGUACUGGAUGUUGCUAUCUCCUCCAACAACAAGUGGAUUCUUUCUGCGUGUAAGGAUUCUACUGUGCGUUUGUGGGACAUUGAGAAAAUAGAACAGAUACCAGUCGUCAAAGCUGCGUGGAGGGAGCACGGGGAGAGAGUUGUCAAGUGUACUCAUUGUGAGAAACCGUUCUCAAGGUGCCAUGAUGACAGCUCAGAGAACCUGACCAUCUGUGUGUUCUGCCGUUUGUCAGCAUCACCACGGAGCUCUCUGCGCACAGUCCCCAGCAUCCCCAGCAUCCCCACUGUCCCUAGUGUGCCCAGCAGCCCCAGUGUGUCCGCUGUCCCCAGCCUGCCCAGCCUCUCAGAGUCAGCACCAAAACAGUGAUCCCAGGAAGGUCACCCUGCUCGUUAACGUUGCUGCCUCAUUCAUUCCACCCCGCACCUGUCAGCUGUACUUCCAGAAUACAGAAUCCCAAAGGACGUUCAGCGCUGGAGUCAGUGUCUCACUUUCCUGACUGAUAUUUUAAAUGUGUAAUUUCCACCCUGAAUAAACUCCCUGCUGCUGGAAUUUGCUGCAGUAAUCCCCAAGGAAUCUGGACCUUUCCAUGAGGCUGGAAAGUUUGUGCUGCUGCCUCUUGACCCUGAGCUCAUUCCCCGACAUUUCACAGACACCGCCGUGCUAUUCUGUUUGCUUCGCUGGACUCUUGAGUACCCUUCAGUACCCUCCACCUCCUUACCCCUCCCCCAUGUCACUCAAUCCCUUCAUCCUGAAAUCACCAGGCAGCAGAUCCCAAAUCCAUCUGCUCAUCCACCGGUCUCCUACUCAAAUCUGAGGUGAGGGAAAUGAACCCCAGUCUAAUAUGAGAAGGAUUUCAGGGUUACAGCUGAUCACACUGAGAACAUUUCUCUUUCUUUCUGGCAGUUGGGAUUGGCAAUUCUAAUUUGUCUCAAUUUGAUCUAAUUUUAAAAAUCUCUUUUUGUGAAUAUUUUUCAU